GCGAGGGUGUGUUGCGCCACGUCUGCCGUUGCGUCGGUUUGGAGCGAGUCCGGAUGCGUAUCCGGAUAGGGUCGGAAGCCAUGUGCAAGCCAAGUGACGCUGAUAUCGAGAUGGGUAACAAACAAGGGAAGCUCAAGCGCCGGUCCAAGGAGGAGACGGACCGCCCGAGCGCGACGGACUCGCUUCCGCGCGGAGGAAACGAGCGCAAGCGCUCGAUCUUCUCCCGCGGCCAGGGCGCGCCCCCGCCGCCGCCGGCCUCGGCGCCCGUCCCCAGCCAUGCGCCACCGCCCAUUGCGCCACCGCCCGUCUCCCUGCCGCCGCCACCGCCCGCCUCGGCGACCGGCGUCACACGCGUCCUCGAGGACAAGGUGGCCUUGCUGCGCCAGAAGGAAACGCUGUCGCUUGUCGAAUGCACGCACUUUACGGCGAAAGAAAUCGACUCGAUCCGCGAGCACACGAUGGGUCUUCUCGGGUAUGGCUCGACGCCCGAGCUCCAGGACUCGAGCGUGAUUCGCAUCUCGAAGGAAGACUUUAUGCGCUUCCUCGGCGUCUCGUCCAAGUCGCUCUUCCCGAACCGACUGUACGCGUUCUUUGCCACCAACGUGGCCGAAGAACUCUCAUUUGCUGACCUCGUCAAGGGCCUCUCGGUGCUGAGCCAAAAGGCAACGCGCGAAGAGAAGCUCCGCAUGGCGUUCCAGUGGAUGGACCCGCGUGGCGAAGGCUUCAUCACACAGGAGACGACGAUGUCGAUGCUCAAGUCGUGCUUGGAAGAGAGCAAGGAGAUCGGGCUCACGGACGACCAGAUUGAAAAGCUCGUGCUAAGCACCUUCCAUGAAGCCGACUCGGACAAGAACGGCACGAUCGACUUCCAAGAGUACCAGGCGCUGGACGAGCGCCACCCGGGUUUGCUCAAGUUCCUGACGGUCGACACGUCGGGCGUGCUCAACCUCAUGGACAAGACGAAGGAAGGCAACGGCAGCUUCAUCAUGCAUUGAUGAAUACAGUCCCGAUGGAUGCGGAUAAUGAACAUAUAUGCAGCUGCCACUACUUUUUGUGCGAAAGGAGGACCGCCCUUGGACGCCUCUGCAUGUAGGACCGAGCGCUUGGGUCUGUUAAGAGUAGAGUCAGCACAACAAGUUAUAACAUAGUGGAUUGUGGGUCG